AUGCCACUGGACCCUGCCCUGCGCCGCGACAUCCCUCUCUACCUCGCCCUCACCUCGCUCUUCUUCCUCCCCGUCGUCGCCCCCUCGUCACACGCCCACUCGCUCCGCACACAGGUCCGCGACCUCGCGCGCGCCUUCACACGCGCGGUCGCCAUCGUGUUUGGCGCAACGGGCGUCGUGGUCCUCGGCGGAGGCGCCCUCCUCAUGGGAGAGAAGCUGUACUGGAGGGUUCGCGAGUGGAUGUGGGGUAAUGGACGAGGGAACGCGGACGAGUGA